CUUUUUAAGGGGAAAGGCAGAUAGAUAUUUUUGAGCGGACAGAAACAGCUCAACAACUCCCUCCUCCGUCUGUCUAUCUCUGUCACUCUCCUGUCUCCUCCUCUCCGGUGUAGGAGGAGGCGAGGCCAGAAGCGAGGAGGAGCAGCCGGAGAUAGGAUGGCGAUGGCCAUGGAAGGCUCGCUCGACUUGCCUGUAUCUUCUCCACCACCAUACUUUUGCAGAGCCUGGCAUGGCCCUGCAGCAAUGGAGAGAGAGGCUUCUCCUACCCCCAGUCUCCAAAGGUCCCCUCCAUUGUCAGCGAGAGGUACAGGACUGCCUACCACUUCCAGCCUCCAAGGAACUGGAUGAACGAUCCAUGUGGACCAAUGUACUACAAUGGCGUCUACCAUGAAUUCUACCAGUAUAACCCCGAUGGCGCCUUUGACCCCAAUGACUCCCUUAUGAACAUGGUUUGGGGCCAUUCGGUUUCAACAGACCUCAUCAACUGGAUCGGUCUUGAACCGGCAAUCAAACCAGAUAUCCCAAGUGACAUAUGCGGUUGUUGGACCGGCUCAGCCACAAUUCUAUUUGGUGUUCAACCGGUCAUCAUAUACACUGGUCUCAUCGACAGGAAGGCGAAUCAGGUCCAAAACAUUGCGCUUCCCAAAAACCGUUCUGAUCCAUACCUGAGGGAAUGGGCCAAAGUAGGCAGUAACCCAGUGAUCCAACAUGUCAUACCAGGCUUGAACUCGAGCCAUUUCAGGGAUCCGACAACCGGUUGGAUUGGACCGGAUGGACUAUGGAGAAUAGCAGUUGGUGCUGAGGUGAACGGCAUCGGUACUGCACUUCUGUACAAGAGUGAAGACUUUAUGAGUUGGACUAGAAUUGAACGCCCGCUGUAUUCAAACAAUGCCCUCAAUAUGUGGGAGUGCCUGGAUUUCUUCGCCGUAGUGCCGGGAAGUAACAAUGGACUGGACAUGUCUUCAGAAAUUCCAAGUGGCGCCAAGCAUGUCCUCAAAGUGAGCAUCAAUUCCUGUGACAUGUACAUAGUUGGGGUGUAUGAUCUCAAACGUGAUGAAUUUGUGCCAGACACCGUCCAAGAUGACAAUCGGCUGUGGACGAGGAUCGAUUAUGGUACUUUCUAUGCUUCAAAAUCGUUCUUUGACUCCAAACACGGCAGGAGAGUCAUAUGGGCUUGGAGUAACGAGACAGAUAGUUAUUCAGAUGAUAUAGCAAAAGGCUGGGCAGGAAUCCAUUCAAUCCCCAGGACAAUUUGGUUAGAUGGCGAUGGCAAGCAGUUGAUCCAAUGGCCAGUUGAAGAGAUUGAGUCCCUUCGAAUAAAUGAAAUCAACCAUCAAGGACUAGAGCUGAAAAAGGGAGAUCUAUUUGAGAUUAAGGGAAUCGACACUUUGCAGGCUGACGUUGAGAUAGAUUUUGAGCCGACGUCCAUCGAUGACGCCGAAACUUUUGAUCCUUCCUGGCUUUUUGACCCCCGAAAGCAGUGCCGGGAGGCGGAUGCAUCGGUUCAUGGUGGCAUAGGGCCAUUUGGACUUGUUAUUCUGGCCUCUGACAACAUGGAGGAGCACACUGCAGUGCAUUUCAGGGUUUACAAAUCAGAGCAAAAGUACAUUAUCCUCAUGUGCUCUGAUCUUAGAAGGUCUUCCCUGAGACCAGGACUGUACACACCAGCCUAUGGAGGCUUCUUUGAAUUUGACCUUGAAAAUGAAAAAAGGAUAUCCCUCAGGACUCUGAUUGAUCGGUCCGCCGUGGAGAGCUUCGGCAGCGGUGGCAGGAUCUGCAUCACGGCCAGAGUUUAUCCGGUGGCACUUGUCGACGACGACGGCGCCCACAUGUAUGCUUUCAACAAUGGAAGUACCACGGUGAGAGUGCCACAGCUAAGGGCAUGGAGCAUGAAGAGAGCACAGGUGAAUGUGAUGAAGGGUGGAAGUGUGAUCGAUGCUUAGCACAGAAGAGCAAUUCUAGUCAGACGUGUGAUUGAAAGACUGGCCACGCACUUGUUGAUUUCAAUAUUUACCACGUGUAUUUGAACUUUUGAAGUUGUGGCAAUUGGUAAGUAAGCGUAGUGCUUGUUGCCAACAACGAUUUAAAUUCACUGAGGUUUGGAAUAAACAAUAUGAUGAAUCAUUGUUGCA